GUGCGAACGCAGAGGGCCAGGAGGUGCGGGUGCCAGGCGCCAGGAUGCGGUGGCCGGCCACUCAGCUUGGGAGCAGCCCAGGCGCUUAUUAACCGGAGCGGUGCGGGCGGCCCCGCGGCCACAGGGUUAUCCCCGGCAGGUUCGCGAUGCAGCGGGCGGCGGUGCUGGUGCGGCGGGGCUCCUGCCCCCGCGCCUCGGGCCCCUGGGGCCGUAGUCACAGCAGCGCUGCAGCCGAAGCCUCGGCGGCGCUCAAGGUGCGACCGGAGCGCAGCCCUCGAGACCGUAUCCUCACUCUGGAGUCCAUGAACCCUCAGGUGAAGGCGGUGGAGUACGCCGUGCGCGGACCCAUCGUGCUCAAGGCCGGUGAGAUCGAGAUGGAGCUGCAGCGGGGUAUCAAAAAACCAUUCACAGAGGUAAUCCGAGCCAACAUCGGGGAUGCCCAUGCUAUGGGCCAGCAGCCAAUCACCUUCCUCCGUCAGGUAAUGGCACUCUGCACCUACCCAAAUCUGCUAAGCAGCCCCAGCUUCCCAGAAGAUGCUAAGAAGCGGGCCCGGCGGAUCCUGCAGGCUUGUGGCGGAAACAGCUUGGGAUCUUACAGUGCCAGCCAGGGUGUUAACUGUAUCCGUGAGGAUGUGGCAGCCUUUAUCACCAGGAGAGAUGGUGUGCCUGCAGACCCAGACAACAUUUACCUGACCACUGGAGCUAGCGACGGUAUUUCUACGAUCCUGAAGCUACUGGUCUCCGGGGGUGGCAAGUCACGGACAGGAGUGAUGAUCCCCAUCCCACAGUAUCCUCUCUACUCCGCGGUCAUCUCCGAGCUCGGUGCCAUCCAGGUGAACUACUACCUAGAUGAGGACAACUGCUGGGCCUUGGAUGUCGACGAGCUCCGGCGGGCGGUGCGGCAAGCCAAAGACCACUGUGACCCCAAAGUGCUCUGCAUUAUCAACCCUGGGAAUCCCACAGGCCAGGUACAAAGCAGAAAGUGCAUAGAAGAUGUGAUUCACUUUGCCUGGGAAGAGAAGCUUUUCCUCCUGGCUGAUGAGGUAUACCAGGACAAUGUGUACUCUCCUGACUGCAGAUUCCACUCCUUUAAGAAAGUGCUUUACCAGAUGGGGCCCGAGUACUCCAGCAACGUGGAGCUUGCGUCCUUCCACUCCACCUCCAAGGGCUACAUGGGCGAGUGUGGCUACAGAGGGGGCUACAUGGAGGUGAUCAAUUUGCACCCUGAGAUCAAAGGCCAGCUGGUAAAGCUACUCUCAGUUCGCCUCUGCCCACCAGUAUCUGGACAAGCCGCUAUGGACAUUGUUGUGAAUCCCCCUGUCCCGGGCGAGGAGUCUUUUGAGCAGUUCAGCAGGGAGAAAGAAUUCGUGCUUGGUAAUCUGGCCCAAAAAGCAAAGCUGACCGAAGACCUGUUUAACCAAGUCCCUGGGAUUCAGUGCAACCCCUUGCAAGGAGCCAUGUACGCCUUUCCCCGGAUUCUCAUUCCCGCCAAGGCUGCGGAGGCGGCGCAGUCCCAUAAGAUGGCCCCAGACAUGUUCUACUGCAUGAAGCUCCUGGAGGAGACUGGCAUCUGUGUCGUCCCGGGCAGUGGCUUUGGGCAGCGCGAAGGCACCUACCACUUCAGGAUGACAAUCCUCCCUCCCGUGGAGAAACUGAAGACAGUGCUCCGUAAGGUGAAAGAUUUUCACCUCAAGUUCCUGGAGAGAUAUGCGUGAGGAUGCCUCAAGCGCCAGAGGGUCUCGGUCCCAAUGCCCAGGCCUUCCUCACGGACUCUGCCUCACGGACUCUGCCUCAGACCUCACGCAGGUGGCCAACCCAGUUCAUCAUAAUUUUUCCCAGGAGACUUCUCUCUUUGUGCCUUGAUGUUGAGAGUUCUCUUCUGAGCAAACAGUGAUUUUGCAAUGUCUCGAAGGCCCCGGUUUUUUAUUUUUGUUUUGAAAUGCAACCAAAGUAGAGUCAGCUUUGCUCAGUAGAUGUAGCUGGAAUUCUCCGAAUCACCUAUUGUUGUUGUGUUCGGAAAGUUCCUUAAAGGUUUUGAACAGCCAGGGUGCAUUGAGAUGAGAUCGUUGGGAUCUACAGAAACAAGCGGGUGUUUGGAAAUGUGUGACUUAAAGAGGUGAGAACCGGAAACCCAGAAUCAGCAGUGAGAUAGAUCCCUUGCAGCGUGGUAAAUCUACAAAUCCAGCAAGAACCCAGAGAAAGCUUGUCAUUCUGGUCACAGACUAGAAUACUGAAGUCAGUAGUGGCACAGUGGUCACAUCAGACGCCGGGCUAGAGUGUACCGAACCCGGGGUUGGCAGGGGGCGUGGCCUAGGCCUGAGGGGAAGUGGCUGGAAAGUGCUGCGAGUUGAACUGGGUCUUCUGAGCCGCCCAGCAGUGCUGACUCAGCACAUCGAGCUUUGCUCGCGCUUUUGCUGAGACCUUGCUAUAAAAGGUCUUCCCUAGGGAUACCUUGGUAUAAAAGGUCUCCCCAGGCUUCAGGGACACCAGGAUGAGCCCGGAAAUAUCUAGGUGACUGAGGAUUCUCUGCCUGUAGGUGAAUCCAUCCCACUGGUUACCUAGGGACAGUUUUCUCCCGGGGGCUUGUCUGAGCCUUUGCACUUACUGCCCUCUGCUGGUGGCAGCAGAGAUAAGCAAAGGCUGAAAAUGCCCUAAAUUACGAAGAGGAGAUGAUGAUCCUUUAAAAAAUCUGUCAAGCCCCUGCAGGUGUUUUGAUUGUUUCAAACUACAUUUGAUUCACUCAGUAACUUUAGUUGGUCAAGUGCCUGGUACACUGACUGCCAUGAAGGAGCGUACAGUGUGAGUCAGUGUAUUUCUCUCCAUUUGAGUUCCCAGCCCCGCUCCCUGAUCCGUCUACGUCAUCCCUGUGUCGUCAGCCAUCCUCCAUGUACCAGAGUAGCAGCCAUCAAGCAAGUAUAUUUCCUGAAUUAGCGCAUCCGGGUGGAGCCAGGUGCAUGCCCAGGAGGCGGGUGCUACAGGGAGCACCAGGCCAGGGUUUCCUUGCCAACGGAAGCGAGGGAAGCCGUGACCAGCUCAGGAGCCUGGGGACCCAGUGAGUCAGGGGGAGCACAAGGAGCUAGAGAGAACAAUGUGAUGGGCCGGGAACCUAUCUCCUGCACCGUGAUUCCAUACCGGGCCUAUGGAGGGGGUGCAGUUUUGAUACUCAAGAGCAUUACAUUACUGUGAAGGAAGCAGCUACAUUCUUAACAAAAUGGAAUUUUCUGGAACUUUAAAAAGUUGAAAAGGUAGCAUGUGUGCUUGCUAGGCAUAUAAACCAGAUGUGCUCCAGUGUUCUGAGAUUCCUCAAUGAAAGGUAAACUAGAAGCUAGUAUAUUUUUUAUAUUUUUGUAACAAUUGCUUUUUCAUGGGGGGUGGAAGGGUUAGUAUUUAUAGUCCUAACAAGUCAAAUAAUUUUUAUAAGUCUCUUCAGAUUAUAAAUAAUCCUCCAAAUUUUGCAAUGUUUACAUGUUUUUUUAAAGAUGAUAAUUAUGCUAGGUUUGCUUUUUAAAUAAAAGCUUAGGUGUACUAAGAGAUUAACGACUUCAAAUAGGAAUACUGGUUAUGGUAGUUCGGAUUUUCUACAGAUUCUAUCCCCAUGCUUUUCUGUUGUUUUGUCAUUUGGGGUUUCCCCUAAGAGUCUACGCCUGUGAGGUUUCUGUCCCUCCAGAGCUGCAUGUGGGUGGUGCUGUGGAAGCCUGGGCCAGGCUGGACCUGGGACAGUCACACCCCAAAGACGUCGUUUCCGUUGGCUGUAAAAGCAGGUGCAGACCUGCCUGUUCUCUGCUGUUCUCCAUCAUCAGCUCUUCAGGGCUCCUUGACAGAGGUCCUUGUCAUAGCUGUGCUGAGGAGAUCUGAACAAUAAAACCUGUGCCCGGA